AUGACAGACUCUGGUCCUACUCCUGCCCCUCCUUCGCAUCCAGCUGCGAACGACAUGCCUGCAAGUGAGCCUUCCACUCAACCAACCACUACCGGAUCCGCGUCCUCUUCGCUUCCUCCGAAUGCCCAAAGAUCCGGUUCCAGAGAGUCGUCGCCACCGAGGACUGCGACGUUCGAGUUGUCCCAGGCUAUCAGAGAAGCUUGUAAUCGCUACGUCGAGCGUUACAGAGCAGGAACCAUUAGCAAGGCCGGAGCUUUCCUCGGUAUCCACAACGUCAUUGGUGGGGCUGCCCAUAGCCAAAGAGCGAGCCACCAGUCUGCUGUCGAGGCUUUCGACUCUUACAUCGAAAUCCUGGACAACUUCGACGAAUUUCGCCGUUCGGCAGCUGCCCGAGGCUCAACUUCGCGACACCGAGACGAUCAAGCUACUCCCGGAGGUGAAAACGGCGGAGGAAAUGCUGGACACGCUGGGGGAGGAGCUGAGUCUGAAGACGAAGCAGAUGAAAACACUGGCUUUUUCGACAGCGCGCAAAAGAGGAACUCCGAGUGGACAAACAUCCUCGCUGGUCGAAGUGUCGACCUCGACCACGUGCUGUCCGGAAUCCAUGCCAUCGCGCCCGAUACCAGGGCCCGCGAAACACUUGGUUCCCUCGAGAUCAUCACCGGUUCCUCUGUCACGGCAAAGAAAGUCUCCGACCACUCGUCUUGGACAAUCGCUUGGGGGCACUACUCCCAAGCUCUCAAAUUUGUUUUCCCCCACCGAGAAUCCGAGCUCGACUCCUACGCAGCCCACAUCAAUCAGCUCUUUGCCGCCGUCCCAACUACCAUGCAUUCUCGCAUCAUCGACUAUGACAAGGCUGUUCGAUUGCAUGUCACAGCCCGACGCGAUAUCUCACUCACCGACACCACGAGUUUUGCCGACAUCAAGCAGGAGGACGGAACACUGGUGGCAGGUGGGAGGCUUGCUGAUGCUGGAACGGAGGGCGGUGCCCAAACUCUGCCGCAACAUGCGAGUACGCUCACAUCUGUUCAAGGUGCCGGAACACCGGCCACGUCACUGACGACUGCCCAAGCUCGAAGAAGCGAUGAGCAUCCAAAUCGUUUCAACAUGGUGUCCUACUGUCCUCGUCAUGCACGCGAUUUCAUCUGGGAAGAGAACGAGCAGCCUCGUGUGACACUUGCCCUCGCCUCCGAACACUUCAACCCCAUGCCCCCUGUUCCCACCCACAAACUCUCAAACUCCAUUACCUGCCACACCAUCUCAUCCUAUCCUUACCUCUUCCAAGUCGUGUCCCCAAUCCGCAUCUCUGUCCUCAACAACUUCCUUGUGUCUCAUCCCAACCAGCCGUUUGUACGGUCUGUAUGUGAAGGUUUGAUUCACGGAUUUUGGCCCUGGGCAGACACCUCCUCUGCAGAGCUCCCUGUGAUGCUCGACAUGGAUGAGUACAUCAGAGAUCCAGCCCACCUAGCUUUCGCAGAGGAGCAAUGCCGGAUUGAAAUUUCUUUUGGUACUUUCUCGCCAACUUUUUCGUCGUUGUUGCCCGGAAUGCUCAGUGUGCCUGUCACAAUCGCCACCAAAGCCCACUCUGAGAAGCUCAGACUAUGUGUCAACCACAGCGCUGAGCCUGCUGCCCGCAACAGCCUCAUUCCCAAGUGCCACGUCUCUGUUCCUCUCGACAACCUGCAUGAUCUCAGCAGAGCCUUAUGCAAUGCUCGUGCUUCCCUUGGUCCCGACUCCCGCAUUGUCCUGUGGAAGUCCAAUGUGAAGCGGGCCUAUCGAUGCAUCCCCAUGCACCCUUUAUGGCAGAUCAAGCAGGUCGUGAAACUUGACGGGUCUUUCAACGUCGACAGGAACAACAACUUUGGCAGCCGGGCUGGGGGCAGCCUGUGGGGCCGCGUUUUCUCACUCGUUCUGUGGAUCGGUGUCUAUAUCAUAUGCCUCGCAGACCUGCUCGCCUACGUCGACGUCUUCUCAUGGGACAUCGAGGGGAACCUUGUGAUGUACAGCAGAUACAACAGGUUGUUGCCAGCAAAGCAGGCGAACUUCCUUCACCUACUCGACAUUCUCAACAUCCCCCAUGACAAGCCAAAACAGCAGUGGGGUCCCACCCUCACUAUCAUAGGUUUCGAGGUCAACGCAAACACCAUGACCAUCACUAUGCCUGAAGCAUCCAAGUUCGAUCUUCUCGCCUCCAUUUGCGACUUCGCCACCCACGGACGCCGCCAUACCCUUUCAGCUUUCCAGGAGCUCGCUGGUUGGAUUAAUUGGGCCCUGAACGUCUUCCCUCUCCUUUGUCCUGGCCUCUGCACCCUCUACCACAAGAUGGCUGGCAAUCAGAAGAGCUCCGCUCUGAUAUGGGUCAACCAGUGCCUGUGUGCUGAGCUACACUGGGUCACAGAUCACAUCAAGAACUCAGGGGGGUGUUCCUUCUCGACUCUGUUGAAUGGCCCCUUAGUUCCGCUGAUCACACCUGUUGGCGCAGUGGUGGUCAGAAGGUAA